UCUUCUGGUGUUUGGAUCUUCAUGUUUUUUCUUCUUCUCCUUUUUCUGUUGGUUGGAAUGAAUCAUCAAUUGUGUUUGUACUGGAUAAUCAAGGCAUUCAGGAUAUCCUCAUCCUUUUUGACAGGAAAAGUCCUCUUGGGCUUCUGGCUUCUUUGGUGCUUCUUUUUCGCGCUUUGUCAUGGAACAUCAGUCUUGCUCAACCGUUGGCCAACUUGUUUCUUGGUCGAAUACAGCCAUAAAAUUUCAAACUGAGACUGAAAGUCAAUGUGCUUGGGACGUACGUGCCGUGUGAAUAACAUGGAAAUGUCACAUAAGUUUCGAUUCCGCUCAGAAUCUGAGUUAACACUUCUUUUCACCUUCAAGUCUGUUGAUUUUACAAGAAAGGACGCUUGAGGUUAUUUUCAGCUAUCAUUCUUUGCUGGAUACAUCUAUUGUCUACCCCAGUCAAGUCUUCUUCCACAUCAAUCUCUUCCAGCCCGGGUUUUUCCGAAGCUCAUACCACUUUGAGUAUCUAGAUAAAAGUCUAGUGUACAGUAGAUUCUAAAGCCUGGAAGUGAAUAACUUGUGGCCGGAUUAUCCACUAGGCAAAUGACGUAUCGGGCGCCAAGCCUCUCAGUCCUUUUUUUUUACGCUUUGCGGACCUCCGAGUCAUAAGAUUUGGGUGCCGACGCAACUCCUGUCACCAGAAUAUCCGACAAUGUUCUGAUGUUGACACGCCAUCUACGUCUACCAAAUGUACAGCUCACGAUAUCCCACUCGAUCCAUACCAGCGCUUCACGUUUCUUGGAGCAGGUGGCUGCGUGCGAAUCCACCCAUCCGAUUUCCCCGCUGAGCGGCAUCCCGCAAUUCCACCACGCAGGUCCUACCGCCACCAUGGAGACACAUAUCCUUCCGGUCGACCCGAAUAAGCUAGGGAAGCUGAACAUCAGAAGUUCCGAUGACAAAGAUGCACUAGUAGAAGAUUGGGAUAUACAAUAUGAGCAAGGGCGGGAAUGGGAGAGCCUAAAACGGGCAGCUGAAGAGCUGAAGGAGACGGACACUCCCGUUGCGUUUCCAACAGAAACUGUUUAUGGUCUUGGGGCAGACGCGACAAGAAGCUCGGCGGUGCGUGCCAUCUUCGCAGCCAAAGGACGUCCAGCAGAUAAUCCACUCAUCGUUCAUGUCCACUCAAUACCCCAACUGCGUACUCUUCUCCUUGGGGAGAACAAGACCAGUGAUGGGGUCAUAGAUCCAAUACCCGAAAUCUACAAACCGUUGAUUAGAAUGUUUUGGCCGGGCCCUCUCACCAUUAUCCUACCAAAUCCCAAUGGUUCUGUCCUAGCGCCUGAGGUGACCGCAGGACUCGAUACCUUCGGUGCCCGUAUGCCUCGUAGCAUACUUUCACUUGCACUGAUGCGCCUUGCUGAUGUUCCUCUCGCCGGUCCCUCCGCGAAUGCGUCCACGAGGCCGUCGCCUACUGCAGCCGAACACGUCAAAGACGAUCUGAACGGACGGAUACAUACUAUCAUAGAUGGUGGGCCUUGCGAAGUUGGUGUCGAAAGUACAGUCGUAGACGGCUUAUCGAAUCCUCCGGCUGUACUCCGCCCCGGUGGUGUCACCGUAGAGCAGCUGCGACAAUGUCCAGGAUGGGAAAACGUGGUUGUAGGAUACAAGGAUAAACACGAACAUGAUAUCAAACCGAGAGCUCCUGGUAUGAAGUAUAGGCAUUAUUCACCCAAAGCUUCGGUCAUACUAUACGAAGCCGGCGCAAAAAUACCCGGCCUGAGUGAUAUCCUGAAUCCUAAGAAGGGCUACAAGUCUGUCGGUAUCAUUCGGACUAAAACAUGGCCCGCUGCAUUGGGACUCUUGAUUGAUAGCGAACACCAGACAAAUGGUGAUUCGGAUCCCAAGGGUACCGGCUCGGAGAGCGUCGCCCGAGGGCUAAAUUCGUCUCUGUCCAAUCUUCUACGAUCAGUCAUACAACACCAAAUUCCCCACGCCUCACAACAUUACUUCCAACCACCCGUUGGGAAUCGAAUCCCGGUAUGGGAUAUUGCACUGGGAACUUCUACCGAGGACGUAGCACGUGGACUCUUUUCUGCAUUGAGAGAACUGGAUAAGAAAGGAGUGGAGAUAAUUCUUGUGGAAGGCAUCGAUGAUCGUGUGGGCGACGACAUCGCUGCAGCGGUCAUGAACCGUUUGCGGAAAGCAGCUGAAUUACGUGUUUAG